UCAUUGUACUGAGUCAGCGGCCAUGCGCAAAUGGAUGCAGAGGAGGGCUGUCCUGUGUAGGCUGUAGUCUACAUAAGAUCUCUGCCUGCGGGACUGCUCACACAUUGCCGACUGGAAAUCCCAGGCAGCAGCUGGAGCCUUGACUUGCAUUUAUCAUCCAGACGCACUGAUUUUAUUAGGAAAACAUAAAUCCAGGAUAGUCUGACGGGUACCUUGGGAUCUCUCCAACAACCCCUCCUCCUCCUAUUCUCGGACCAUCUCGGACCACGGAUGCAGAGAGCAACAACGAUGCGGCGGCUUUGCUGUUAACUCGUUGGACUCCCCCCCGCCCCCCUCCUCUGUUUUUGCCGGUUAUAUCUAAAGGAGGCAGAAUAAAACCAUAAUGAAGCUCAAACCGAACCAGACCAGGACAUACGAUGGCGAGGGCUUCAAGAAACGAGCAGCAUGUCUGUGCUUCAAGAAUGAACGUGAAGAAGAGGUUCUGCUGGUCAGCAGCAGUCGGCACCCGGACCAGUGGAUCGUCCCCGGAGGUGGGAUGGAGCCAGAAGAGGAGCCAUGUGGUGCCGCAGUGCGAGAGGUGUUUGAGGAGGCCGGUGUGAAGGGCAAGCUAGGACGUCUGCUCGGUGUAUUUGAGCAAAACCAGGAUCGGAAGCACCGGACGUAUGUGUACGUUUUGACGGUCACAGAAACACUGGAGGCGUGGGAAGACUCUGUCAACAUAGGCCGGAAGCGGGAGUGGUUCACUGUGGACGAGGCCAUCAAAGUGCUGCAGAGCCACAAACCCGUCCACGCCGAGUACCUGCGGAGGCUCCAGCUCAGCUGCUCCCCAACCAACGGAAACUCCAUCCUCCCGGGCCCACCACCAAACGACAACUACCCCCAUUACAGCGCUACCGCCACCACCCCCUCGACGGGCAGCGUGUUGGGCACCUCCUGCAGAUAGGACUGCAUUACCUCGUGUCCUGUCCAGCAUGGACAGUUCAAUGAAAAUCUGUACAGUCUUGCAUGAAACUUUUCAGAGUUACGGCUCUCCUGUAUGUAUAAUUUCUAGUCUUAGCUGCAGGACACACCAAAGCCAUCGCCAGAACUGUGUUAAAGACUCGUGUGACAGAGCGGGAGAAGUCUCUGACAGAAAAACUGUGGAUAUAGCUAUCUCAAAAAUACUUUUCUUUUGCUGGCAAACACCAGACUCACGAGCUGGAGCUUUGGAAGAGGAAGCUGCAGCAGACUCUGCUGGCGUGAUUGACCUGGUGAAGGAAUGCCUUACAGUAACUUUGUAUGAAUGUUUUAUUUGAGUGGUUUUUAUUUUACUAACGGUCAUUUUUAUUUUCUUUUAGCAGAAUGGAUAUGCUUUCUAGCCAAUAAAAGAGUAAUUGCGAGUCCAUGUGGGGAAUGUUUCCAGACUUAAUUAUGUCUUAGUCAUCAACCCAUGAUGAAAACAGCAUAUAUCAUCUUCUUCUACAUGGAUCUCAUUUUAAAAAAGACACUUGAGUAUUGAUAUGUUUCAGAGAUCUCCUCUGUUGCAUUUUAAUGCAAAGUGGGAUUAUCUUUAUCUUUCGCCACGUAAUCAUUAAUUAUUAACAUAUUUCUAAAGAUUAAUUAAUCAAGUUAAUUGGUCUAAACUAAAAGCCACCCCCAACAUCUCCUUUUUAAAAAGAAAAAAAAGGAUGGUGCUGUGAAGGUAACUAAAGCGAAAAUAUUUUAAACAAUUAGUAAAGAGAACAAAAUGAGAAAAUGCCAUGACAGAAAUUGCUUUUGGCCCUGAAUGGCGGGGUCGAAGGUCAAAGACGUACUAUCUCACAGGACUUUACCAGCUGUCAGUGGGUUGAUACCUCAGUAAACUGGAUCUGAGUCAUGAGGCUGUGCUCGAGAUCCUUUAACACAACCCUACAGUGUUCAUAGUUAAACUUCAGCCAAUGCCUCUGGAGUUACGAGUUCAUUAACCUCGACUGAUCCAACAAACUGGUCUGUUGUUCACUUAUAGCCACAUACCUUUCAUCAGUGCUUUCGGUUUCCCAUGUUGUCCAAAUGAAAGUAUUUCAUGGUGUAAAGUACAUCUUUGCCUUCGGUGUUACAUGAUGCUAGGGUCAAUUGAGUUAAUUUCAACUGUGGUAAUUUAAAAGUGGAUUUUCUUCACAUCAUUUGUAUAUUUUACCUUGAGUGAAAAUAACUGUGGUUGACUGCUCUCUUUAGAUGAAUGUCUAGCAGUUUUAUCAUGUCUCAUGGUGCUGCAAGGCAAUAUGAUAAAACCGACCACCAAAUGACAUUAUUUCUAUGUACGAUAUGAUUGUUGUUUUGUCCACCAUCUGCAAGUAACUAAAUUACUUCCGCCUAGGGCUGCAACAAAUUAUUUUCAUUAUGGAUUAAUCUGCCGAUUCUUUAAAAAAAAUAAAUAAAUAAAAAUAAAUUAGGAAUCUAUUAAUGGUUUGGUCUAUAGACUGUUGAAAAAUUGUAAAAAAUGCCCAUAACAGUUUCUGUCGACCGAUAAUCGACUAAUCGUUUCAGGUCUACUUGCUUUCCACAAAGUCUGAAGAGCUGCUGAACUCUGUCAGGGAAAACAGUAAUGCAGUUUUAAUAUAAUUUUUUUAAUAUUUCUUCCUGGUUUUUGGGUCAAUGCUUAAACACGCUCAAUUUUAGGGGCGUCAUGGGGUCUAAGAUGCAUACCAUGUUUCCUGUCUGCCUCUCCACUAUAUACUGUCAACUACAUUUUGAAUAUAAAGACAGAAAUCCAAAGACAAUGGCUCAAAUUAGCAGUUAAAAUGUCACAUUUCAGAUCAUUAUUUUUUGCUUAUAUAACUGUUCUCACUGAAAAGAGACACCCACUCACUCCUGUGCUGACAGCUGAAUGACGACUAGUAAACAUACAGAGAUUUGUAAAUAGCUUUGAAGAGAAACAUUGAACAUGUGUUUUUAACCUGAAUGAACCUGUAAAAUUUCUCUUAAUAUUUUAUAUAUUUUUUAACAAUGUAUAAAUGGCAGGAAAAAAAAACAUGUAGAAAACCCUCUGAGAACUGUAUGUACAGUAUAUUUGUAUAGAUGACAAUGUGCCACAGGGUUUGGGAUAUGAAGGUUGGUCAGUUUGUGAAUAGAGAUGGUUGAGUUAAUGCAUUUUAAAUCAUGAUUUGGUGAAAUCAGUAUGUUUGUCCAUUAUGAAUGAGAUGUUCAGUGAGACAGCACAAAAUAAGGACGGGAUAGAAGUUAACUUCAACUUUAGAUUGGCAAAAAUAUUUAAAGUCUGGAUCUUCAAAACUUUUAAGAUGUUGGAAAAACUAAACACAUAUUUAUAUAUAUUGUAAUGUGUAUAUAUAUGUAAUGAUCAGAGGAAUGUUUUGGAGGCUUUGGUAAGAAUGAAAAUUAGUUUGAAUUUAUCAUAUACUUAUUCCAACUGAAACUAAAAACAUAUCUCCUUUUCUCAGUUUUCCCAUGUGACCCACACUUAUGCUUCAAAGCAUUAGUGUCCUUUCACCUGCUCCAUUACAAGGUCUUAUCUGCAAUAUCAUAAACUCUGAUACACCAAUUCAGCAUUCAUAAACUUUCAGCCUUGUUUGACGAGUAAAAUAAGGACUCCAACCACCUCAACCCCUCUCUGUGUGUGUGUGUAAGUGUGUAUUGUUGGUUGAUGAACGUGAAAUAUGAUGUGCCAAAUUAAAACAUCGGUUGGUGUUCAGGUGGGAAAAAUUUUGAUGUCACAUUAUAUUAUACAGUUUUUUAGGCCAACCGCUUUGUGAAAGAAAAAUAAUGACCUUAAACAUUGUUUGAUGAAUUUCAUUAAUGUAAUUUUUAGAAUAUAAUCAUUUAUAAUGUGAAAAAGUGAUCUGCAUCCUUCAUUGGUAAAAGUAUGGCUAAUGAACCACAGGCACUACCCCAUAUUUUUUUUUAAAACCAGUUGUCAUGUAACAGCAUAUAAGGCUACAAUCCAAAUAAUCCAAAAUAAUAAAUUUAACUUUAACCCAUUCAUCUUAAUAUUUUACAGCUCAGCAUCCCCCUGAAACACCUUCUUUCUCCACUUGUUGGAACCUUUGUUUGAUGCUUGGGUCUAUGUUGAUCUGUGAAUGCUCCUUUUAGGGGCAAAGCAUGUCACUAAGGAUUAGAAUCCCACACAUGAAAUGUAUGUGCUCAAAUACAAAAAUGUAAGACAGCCUGGACACAAGCAUCCAUAAAUGACUUUUGUGGAUUUGGACAGCUUGAUUAUUUUCUGAACACAUUAUGUCACAUGGAUGUAUCUAGAGCAGUUUUAUCAAAGCAAACUAAAGAUUUGUCACCAUUUUGUCAUGAUUAUUAUGCACAGAAAAGUUUAACGUGAUAAUGUGUGAACGUGAUUGGAAAGUGGACUGGAAAGAUUGUUUUGAGAAAAGAUUGCAUUAAAGGGGAAAAAUCUUA